GGAGCAGGAGGAGAGACCAGUAGGCUUCAUUUGGAGCCAGAGUCUGGCCGUUGCUCAGGUGACCCGUCUCUGGAGGCUGCUGCCAUCCGUGCAACCCAGCUACCCGGUGUCGGCUGCAAUGAUCCAGAAUGUCGGAAAUCAGCUUCGAAGGGGCUUGGCCUCUGUGUUCUCGAGUCGCACCUCCCGGAAGUCAGCCUCACGUGCAGAGGACAAGGACGGCAUCAUGGCAGACGGUGAGGACUACAGAAACCCCACAGAGGUGCAGAUGAGCCAGCUGGUGCUGCCCUGCCACACCAACCAGCGUGACGAACUGAGCAUCGGGCAGUUACUCAAGUGGAUCGACACCACGGCCUGCCUGUCUGCCGAGAGGCACGCUGGCUGCCCCUGCGUCACAGCCUCCAUGGACGACAUCUAUUUUGAGCACACCAUCAGUGUCGGACAAGUGGUGAACAUCAAGGCCAAGGUGAACCGGGCCUUCAACUCCAGUAUGGAGGUGGGCAUCCAGGUUACCUCUGAGGACAUGUGCUCUGAGAAGAAAUGGGUCGUGUGCAAGGCCUUGGCCACCUUUGUGGCCCAGAGGGAGUUCACCAAGGUGAAGCUGAAACAGAUCACGCCGAGGACGGAGGAGGAGAAGACUGAGCACAGCGUGGCAGCUGAGCGCCGGCGCAUGCGACUCUUCUACGCUGACACCAUCGAGGACCUCCUGGCCAACUGUGUCAUUCAGGAUGCCCCCUCCUGCGCAGAUCUGGACAGCAGAGACUGUAGCCACGUGGUGCCCGCUGAGAGCACCCGUGUGGAGAGUGUGGAGCUGGUCCUGCCCCCCCAUGCCAAUCACCAGGGCAAUGCCUUUGGGGGCCAGAUCAUGGCCUGGAUGGAGAACGUGGCCACCAUUGCAGCCAGUCGACUGUGCCGCGCUCUCCCUACACUGAAGGCCAUUGAGAUGUUCCACUUCCGGGGCCCAUCCCAGGUUGGGGACCGCCUGGUAUUCAAGGCCAUUGUGAAUAAUGCCUUCAAAAACAGCAUGGAGGUGGGCGUGUGCGUGGAGGCCUACCGCCAAGAAGCUGAGGCCCACCGGCGGCACAUCAACAGCGCCUUCAUGACCUUCGUGGUCCUGGAUGCAGAUAACCAGCCUCGGAUGCUGCCCUGGAUUCGGCCCCAGCCUGGGGAUGGUGAGCGGCGGUACCGGGAGGCCAGUGCCAGGAGGAAGAUCCGCUUGGACAGGAGGUACAUUGUGUCCUGUAAGCAGACGGAGAUGCCCCUGUCAGUCCCCUGGGACCCUAGCAACCAGGUGUACCUGAGCUACAACAACGUCUCUUCCCUGAAGAUGCUGGUGGCCAAGGACAACUGGGUGCUGUCCUCAGAGAUCAACCAGGUCCGCCUUUAUACUCUAGAAGAUGACAAAUUCCUCUCCUUCCACAUGGAGAUGUUGGUGCAGGUGGACGCAGCCCAGGCCUUCCUGCUGCUCUCGGACCUGCUACGGAGGCCAGAGUGGGACAAGCACUACUGGAGAGUGGAGCUGGUGCAGCAGGUGGAUGAGGAUGACGCCAUCUACCACGUCAUCAGCCCUGCUCUCAGCGCUGACCCCAAGCCCCAGGACUUUGUCAUCCUUGCAUCUCGCCGGAAGCCUUGUGACAAUGGGGACCCCUAUGUCAUCGCACUGAGAUCAGUCACACUGCCUACACACCAAGAGACGAAGGACUACAGGCGCGGGGAGACCCUUUGCUCUGGCUUCUGCAUCUGGCGUGAGGGCGACCAGCUGACCAAGGUGUCCUACUACAACCAGGCCACCCCAGGCCUUCUCAACUACGUGACCACCAACGUUGCUGGCCUCUCCUCUGAGUUCCUCACCACCUUCAAGGCUUGCGAGCAGUUCCUCUUGGACAACCGGAACGAUCUGGCCCCCAGCCUCCAGACUCUCUAGCAUCCUCAGUGGCUACCUCAUGCCCACUCCAUCCUGCCCCCAAGGACAAACAUGCAGUGUGUAGAUUCAGGCAGGAGUUUAUUCCUCCCUGCCUCCCCCGUGGGGACCCGUGACCCAAGAUCCACUGACCCAGAGCCACCCGGCUGUUAGUUUCUGUUGGGAUCUGCCAGCAAGUCCGCACGGAACCUCUGGGGCAGCCUAUAGUAGACUCGGGUCCUGUCCUCAGCUCUGGCUGCCAGCAGUGCUGCCUGCACAGAUCCAUAGUUGCCCUUUGCAAGGCUGUGCUCCACUGUGACAGUGGCCCGGGGGGAGGCUGCCAGCAGCCUGGCAAUGGCUCCAGCCUUGCUCUGGCCCAGUGGCCCAGCCUGCAGCUGGAAGGACACAGGCUGCCAGAGGCCCCGGCACAGCUCCAGCAUGUCUGUGAGCAGCUGUUCGCUGUAGCCGCUGCCCAGCACCUCCUCUGGCCAGCUUGGUGCCAGUGUCACAUGGGGGAAAACCUCAGUCACAGCUGUAAGCAGCUCCCUGCCUUCCACAUGGCCAGGGACCACAAAACUCCCAUGGGAGAUUGUGGCCCCGACCCACACAGGCCGAGACAGGCUGCCGAGGGUGGAGAGGUGAUUCAGCACGGCCAGGGAUGGCCGGAGCGCGGUGGGCUCUGCUAUGUGCAAAUGCACACCCCAGCGGCCAGGGUUAGCGUCGAGCUGCAGCAGGCACGACUCCAGCGUCAGGGCAGGGCCACCCGGGGCAUAGAUGAUGGGCACAGGCUCCCCAGCUGCAGACUCCUGGAGGCCAACGUUCAGCAGGAUCAUGCCUUCUCUGCCUGGAAGCAGCAAAGCGGCAACUGUGUCUGGGGGUCAGGUUAUCAUGGCGGUGUCAGAAGCUCUUGUUAAAGGGACAGCAGGGUGGUAAUGGGGGCUGCAAAGGAGAAGCUGGUGCUUGUUCUGUCUGGGAGCUGUCAAUGCAUGUCUGGGCUCCAGGUGGAAAAGCUGCUUUAUAAAUGUGCCUGGGGCUCAUCAGAAUGAGGCGAUAAGCUGCUAGAGUUCAGCUUGUGGCUCUUGACUGUGGCAACCUGGUGCUUACCUCUUCUGUAGUGCCUUGUGGCUGACUGUUCCAGGGCACUGGUCAGAAGAGCCUUAUGCUCUUGAUGCCACUGUAUACUGUCCCCCUCAACCAGCAGCCUGCAUGUUGCCAUGGUAACAAAGACUGGAGCUACCUACCCCAAAAGAAAUCCCUGCACUUAAGCUAGGAGCACAGGGGCCACAGACAGAACUUACCUGGGAGUUGAACUUUUGCUGUUUUCCCACUGCCUUGGAUGUCUGGAGCCAGCCACUCCACAUUCAGACCGUCACCCCUGUGGGGCUGGAGAAGGGGGAUCAGGCUGCCCCCCGUGUAGUAGAUUUGCUUCCGUGUGGUAUUCACUGUAGAAUUCAAAUUGUGAAGAUGAAGUGGCCACCAUUUACAGAGCAUCUUCAUGUGCUGCAGCCCUACAUACACUCUAAACCUCAGAACAGCCUGCCCCGGAGCUGUAGCCAUAAAUCCCAUUUUGUAGAUGAUGGGAAGUCACUUGCACAAGGUCCUACUGCCAGUAGGCAGAGUGGCUGGGAUUGAAACUGGAUGGAGCCAGUCCAGGUGGCACCCAAGCUGCUGUUCCACCCCCCCUCACAUAGGUGGCUGCCACGGCAGGAAUGUGUGUCUCAUGGGUCCCCUUUGAGAUGACUUAAUUGCUGGCUCUCCUGGGUAAGCAGUCAAGGGAAUGAGGGGUUUGGACAAGGAAACAGGCAGCAUCUGGAUCACUGAUUAGUGGGUUCAGGGGAGGGGCUGCUCUCUGAAAUGGUAGAGAAACCCAUAGGAACUGUGCUGCUAGAAGUAUACAGGGAUGGAGUCUGCUGGGUCCCAAUCUGAUCUGUGCCACCAACACAACGGAAGGACUUUGUAUAAAAUAAUGAACUGUUCAGAACCUGUUUCCUAUAAAAACAAUUCCUUGAUCUUGGAUCUAUGAAGCUUAGCAUAUCAUACCAGGGUCUGGCAUACAGUAGGUACAUAAAAAGAUUGCUUUCCCCUUAUUCCACCCAGAAUUUCCCCCUCCCUCCCUGCCACCUCUGCUUCAGUGACCACUAAGUGCUGCCCUGUGCAGAACCCAGCCCCCCACCC